AUGAUUGAAGCAGUAACUCAAAGAAGAUCAAAUGUACCAAAAAUACUUAACGCUUUCAAAAAUAAUAACACUUCCCAACACUUCUCCAAACUAAGGGAUACAAAACUGUUAUUAGUUGGUGCUGGUGGUAUUGGUUGUGAGUUAUUAAAGGACUUAGUGUUACUUCAGUAUGGCGAAAUCCAUGUAGUUGAUCUAGAUACCAUUGAUUUAUCAAACUUAAACAGACAGUUUUUGUUUAGACACCGUGAUAUUAAAACACCAAAAUCAACAACAGCCGUUAAGGCCGUAGAAUAUUUUAAUACAAAUACCAAAUUAGUUGCUUACCAGGGCAAUAUUAUGGAUCCAGAGAUAUUUACCAUUGAUUGGUUUAAUCAAUUCGAUUUUUUUGUGAAUGCAUUGGACAAUCUACAAGCUAGAAGAUAUGUUAAUAAAAUGUCCCAAUUUUUAAAUAAAAAAUUAUUGGAAAGCGGCACUAGUGGGUUUGAUGGAUACAUUCAACCAAUGGUUCCGCACUUAACAGAAUGUUUUGAUUGCACCACCAAAGAAUUACCCAAGACUUUCCCCGUUUGUACCAUUAGAUCCACUCCUUCUCAGCCCAUACAUUGCAUUGUCUGGGCUAAGGAUUUUUUGUUCCAGCAGCUCUUCACUUCAGAUACUACUAUUGAAAAUAACAAUAAUCACAACUUUGGUAGUACUGAUCCUAAAGAAAUUGAAAGAAUUAAAAAUGAAACCAAUGAACUGAAAAGCUUGCAACUGGAAAUAACAAACACUAGUACCAAUAACAAUAUAAACCAGAUUAUUCAACAUUUAUUAACUAAAUUAUUUGUACAAGAUAUUAAAAAGUUAUUAUCUAUUGGCACUUUAUAUAAUAACAAUAGUAGAAGCAACAACAAGAAUAAACCAUCCCCCCUAUCACAAGAAUUGAUUAACGACACCAUCAACAAAAUGAAGAUCAACAGCAACAAUAAAAUUUUAAAAUUAAAUAAUGUUUGGGACAUCAACGAUAAUCUCAUCAGAUUUAUUGAAGUUGCUCAUGUGUUGAUUAAAAGAUAUCGUAAAUUGUUAUCAUUGGCUUCUUCCUCCGAGAAUAACAACAAGGAUAACGAAGUGUGCAUCGAAUUUGAUAAAGAUGAUCAAGACACUUUAGAAUUUGUAGCCACAGCAGCCAACUUAAGAUCAUUUGUUUUCAAUAUUCCCAUUUUGUCCAUUUUUGAUAUUAAACAGAUUGCAGGGAAUAUUAUACCAGCAAUUGCCACCACCAAUGCUAUUGUUGCUGGACUAUCCUCCUUAUCCUCAUUAAAAUUUCUAACGUCUUCAUCAACUUUGUAUUCUGAUAAGGAUACCAACGAUAUUACUUCCAACCUCUCUAUUGCAUUUACUGCUAAAGCUGGUAAAUUGGGAAAUAAUAAUAAAUAUAUAACGACAACACAAGUGACUAAACCCAACCAAAAUUGCGUAGUUUGUUCAACCGUUAUGCGCGGAUUAUUAAAAAUUGCCGAAGACGGUAAUGGUAAUGGUGCCGAUAGUUGUAAUUCUAUUGUUUUGAGUGAUUUAAUCGAUAAUCUUGUUUCCAAAUAUGGAUAUACCAAUGCAGAAAGUAUCUCGAUAAUGGACAUUAAUAGUGGCAGAUUAUUAUACGAUGCCGAUUUCGAUGAUCUACUGAAUAAAACCCUAAUCAGAGACUUAAAAAUAUCCAACGGUAAUAUUUUGCUGAUCACUGAUGAAGAUGGCAACGAUGCUGGUAAAUUUAGAAAGCCUUUGGAACUUUAUUUCCAAAUCUGCAAUGACAAUAUUAAUGCCGAUCAUAAACCUAGCUUGAUAUUGCCAGAUAUAGAACUUCCAUUGGUUAAGCCACUAAAGUCAAUAAGUAUGGACGAAACAACGGAUAUCAACGACAACAAAUCUCAAAUUAAAGAAUACGAUGAGGAUAAUGGUGUUAUUGAUAUUGAUGACAGUGAUGAUGAAUUAAUUAUGGAUUUUAACGGUGAUGCUGAUGAGGAGGAGGAGGAGGAGGAGGAGGAGGGAAAUACAACUAAACAUAGUAUUUUAUAUGAUGACGAAACUGAUAUUUCCGCUGAAACUGGAAUUGAACCACCCACAAAGAAGACUAGAGGUGAAAUUCGACAAUCAAAAGACCAUGAAGAUGUUAUUAUUGAUUUGGAUUAG